AUGUCCAGCACGCCCAACCAGCCCUUCGUGGAACACCCAGAUCGGGUCAGCCCGCGCGAAAUUGACGUUCUCGCACUCGAUGCCGUCUUCACUUUUCUAGCCACUAUCUCAGUAAUCAUUCGCUUCAUCACCCGGAAAUACUCCGAGUUAAAGUUUUGGUGGGAUGACUGGAUGAUUCUCGUGGCCUGGUUUGCGGCUAUCGCAUUCUUAAUUCUGGGCGUCGUGGAUAGGACUGUCGGUGGUGCGGGCUAUCACAUCGAGACUUAUACUCGUGAACAGCUCACGACCUUCUUCAAACUGUCCCUCUCCGUGACUGUGGUGUAUAACAUCAGCGUAACGUUUUCGAAAGCUUCGGUCUUGUUCUUGUAUGAGCGCAUCUUUUCUAUCGACCGCCGACUACGUCUCUGGAUACGAAUCAUGAUGUUCGUUCUCGCUGCUUACCUCCUCUCCGCGUCGUUCGGUCUGAUCUUCACAACCAAUCCCGUGCAGGCCCAAUGGAAGUACUGGAUUCCACACACCACCAUCAACAAACUGCCCUUCUAUAUUGUGAUCGGUGUUGCAAAUCUUCUCUUAGAUAUAGUGAUCCUGAGCAUACCUCAGACCAUAGUAUGGAAGAUUCACCAGUCGUUGGAAAAGAGAAUGUCGAUUGCUGCAGUUUUCAUGCUUGGGGGCUUGUGA